UUUUAAAAGUCAUUUUGUAACGUAUAAAACGCAAACAGAAAUACUUUUCUUCAAGUUCAAAACCAACCCAUUUCUUCUCCAUUAAGAGUUGGUGACUUGGUAUAUUUUUUUUGACAAUAUUAUGAUCACUUUUACACCUAUCAACAUCGGUGAGACUCCGUGAUAAAAAAAAAAAUGAAAACCCCAGAAAGUAUUACGGUAACGGACCCCCACAACAACCUCGUGUCGAAAACGGUGUCGUUCAUACUAAUCACACAUCACAUAAAGUAUAAAGCUACUUAACUAGUUAACGAAACAAAAAAAGAGUUAAAAAGCAAAUUCUCUCUCUCUCAUGGCUCUUUUCUUAAACCGCGUUAGAUCUUCAUCGAUCUUCCCAUUCACUAUAACAUUCCUCGUUAUCUUCACCGGCAACUCACUCGCCGGAGAAUUACGUCCUUCAGAUCAUGGCCUACAGUAUCAAUUCAGCUCACCACCGACUGAAUCUAACUCACCACCGGGUAAAAUGAUGUCCUUCUUCGGAGAUUCACAUUCUUCUUCUCCUCCUCCUUCUCACUCUCAGCUCCUCCCUAAAGCUACGGCGGCAGACGGUGGAGACGAUGAUUCUUGGUGGAGAGACGGAGCUGGGAACAGACGUGAUCACGUGAUGAGGCACGUGUUUCUUGCGGCGAGUAUCAUCUGUGGUGUCUCCGGUGUUGCGCUUCUUGUUGUUUUUACUUUGAUUUAUUUCUUUAGGUAUCGGAAACAUAAUCAUUCGAACUUAGCCACUUACGAUUCAAAGUAGAAAAUUCGAUUUUGAUUUUGGUUACUUGUCUAAGAUUUAAAAAUUUAAUAUGUGAUCUUUACUUUGUGUAAAUUAAUAGUUUUUUUUUUUUUUUUUUUUUAAUAUACUUUGCUUUAUUUCGACGACUUUUUGUUGCGCUAGAGGCUUAUAAAGAGCACUGUUACACCCACA